AUGCCCAACUCUACAACAAUGACUGAAUUUCUUCUUACAAGGUUUUCUGAAGUAUGGGAACUUAGAGUCUUACACGCCAUGCUGUUUCUACUGACCUACUUGGCAACACUGUUGGGGAACCUUCUAAUUGUCACAGUAACCACCCUUGACCAGAGUCUUCACACCCCCAUGUAUUUCUUCCUUAGGAAUCUGUCUUUCCUGGAUAUGUGCUAUAUUUCUGUCACUGUACCAAAGGCUUGUGUUAUCUUUUUGCUUGACAGCAGGGUAAUUUCCAUGGUAGGAUGUGCAGCUCAGAUCUUCUUUGUAAUUUUCUGUGCUUUUGUAGAAUUUCUUUUACUCACUUUUAUGGCCCGUGACCGCUAUGUAGCUAUUUGCCAUCCCCUCCACUAUGCUGUGAUCAUGAACCCUCAAGUCUGUAUACAGAUGUUUCUGGCCUCCUUAUUCAGUGGUAUAGUCUACUCAGGAUUCCACACAGGCCUCACAUUCUCUCUUCCCUUCUGUCAAUCCAACAUAAUCCAUCAAUUCUUCUGUGACAUGCCUUCUAUGCUAAAGCUCUCUUGCUCUGAUACAUUUGUCAAUGAGAUUGUACUUUUUGUCUCCUCAAGUAUGUUUUCAAGUAGCUGUUUUUUAUUUAUCAUCAUGUCUUAUGUUCACAUACUUUCUACUGUACUCAAGUUUCCAAUCAGACGAGAACAAAGAAAGGCUUUUUCCACCUGUGUUCCACACCUUCUUGUGGUAACAGUCUUUCUCACCUCAGGUGCUAUUGUGUAUAUGAAACCAACCUCCAACUCACCUACAAUUCAGGACAUGAUCAUUUCCAUGUUCUACUGUAUAGUUCCUCCCUUCCUGAAUCCUAUUAUCUAUAGUCUACGGAAUAAGCAGAUAAAGAAAGCUGUAAGGAGAAUAAUGAGUAGAAUGCUUUAUUCAGGAAAAUGA